AUGUCGAUGAAUGAAAACGUACCUGGUACCUUCCCGUUGAACUCUCCGAUCCCUAUGGGCGGAUUGAGCAUUGAUCCGGGCGCACUCGACCUGGGUGUCGAAAGUGCAUGGACUCGCGGUGACGAAGUCAUUGCUGGAGUCGAGCGGUCCUUGAGUCUGGGGGCUAAAACCCCGACUAGUGAUCAGCUAUCCACAGACUCGUGGUUGGGAGCUCUGGGAGCCCUGUCAAAAAUUAGUUCCCCACCCACAGGUGAUGGAGAGAGCGCGUCAUCGAUGAUGGCGAGGGAUCUGCUGCUAUGA